AGAGAGGCAGGAGGAGGAGAGGACGGAGGCAGCUCGGCAGCGGGACGGGACGGGACGGGACCCCCCGGGCCAUGCGCCUCCUGGCCGCGGCGCUGGCCGCCCUCCUGGCCACGACCCCGGCCCCAGAUAUUUGUGAAGCUUUAAAUGUCACAGUCUCUCCAGGACCAACAGUGCGAUACGUUGAAGGAGAUAAUGCUACCCUUUUCUGUCACAUUUCUCAGAAGAGAAAGACAGACAACUUGCUGGCUGUGCGGUGGGUCUUUGCUGUAUCACCUACCCAGGAGUACCUGAUGAUCAAAAUGACUAAGUUUGGGUCUGUCCAGUAUUAUGGAAAUUACACUCACCAUUUUCACAAGCAAAGACUUCGUCUUCUUAAAGAAAAACACGGAACUAUGUACAAAUUUCUUAUUCUAAGCCUUCAGCAAACAGAUCAAGGACAUUACAUAUGUAAAGUCCAAGAAAUUGGCAAGCACAGGAAUAAGUGGACAGCAUGGUCAAAUGGUACAGCAGCUACUGAAAUAAAAGUGAUUUCACCAAGAGCUUCAGAUGAUCCCACUUUCAAGAAAAACCAUGAAGCUUGGAAGUUUUUUGAAGAUCUGUAUGUGUAUGCAGUGUUUGUGUGUUCAAUAGGAAUCAUCAGCGUCCUCCUGUUUACACUUGUCAUUCUCUGUCAAUCACUUCUAAACAAGAGGAGAUCCACAGUGAAGCAUUACCUGGUGAAAUGCCCCCAGAACAGUUCAGGGGAGACAGUUACCAGCGUGACAAGCAUGUCCCCUCUACAGCCCAAGAAAGUAAAGAAAAAGAAAGAGAAAGAAAAAGUGGAGCAACCACCAGCCAUUCCUGCAAAAGCUCCAAUAGCCAAUAAUUUUCCUAAGCCCAAGCUGUUGAAACCUCAGAGAAAAUUGAUCUUGCCGAAAAUCACAGAGGAGAAUUUAACAUAUGCUGAACUUGAACUUAUGAAGCCGAUUCAGGAAGCCAAAGGCAUUCCCAGUACGACAGUCUAUGCACAGAUACUCUUCGAGGAGAACAAGCUGUAAUAGUUCAUGCCUGUACAUACGUCUUUUGUCUGUGUUCUAUUUAAUUCUUGCUGUGCUGUUUAUUUAUAAAAAUCAUACAAAUAUCCUUAUUUUUUUAUUUCUAUUCAUGCGCUUCUAUAUUUUUAUGAGACUUUAAACAAAAUGCCAUUGAAAGUAAUAAUAGAAAAAGCAUCUGGUCUACAAGUGACAUCUCAGAGACACCCUCUGUAGUGUUUGGUGUCCCCUUUUUAAGGAACUAAAGUUCCACUUGGCCAGGAAAUUUGUCAAAUUACUGUUGUUUUCCCUAUCAGAAAAUAUUAAUUCAGUAAAGCUGAAACUUCUUCACAGCAAAGGAUAAACUAAAAUUACUUUUUCUGCAUUUUUUUUCAGAAAUAGUUAUCAAAGUUUGGUUUUCAUAUUUUCAUUCCAAAUUUCCAUUUCUAAAUGAUAUUCUAUUAAAAAAAACUUAAGUUACUUUUAAUAAAACUGCUUUUAAGCGCUUGAAAUGAAACAUUUUAAAAUAAUCCAAAGGAGACUUUCCACGUUAAACCAAAUGGAUUGCAGGAAGAAUAUUUAAAGCUUUGAAACAUUUCCCAGCAUUUGACUAAAAAAAAAAAAAAAAAAAAAAAAAAAAAAAUCUGACUGAGAAUAGGAAAAAAUUGAUAGUGAGCAGAAAACUUCCAUAGAACAAGGACACUGGUUUGGCCUCGCUCGAGACUGAGUCUCCCAAACUUGCAAAAGCUUCCUCCUUCAUAACAUCCUGCUCUCUUUCUUUGGAGUUAUUUCUUUUGAAAGAUCAGGGCUUGGGAGAUAGGGAACUGAGCCUACUGUGAAAGCAGAAAAUACUCCUUCCUCCUUCUUCUCCUGUUGAUCUUUGAGCUCUCCUCUGAUAAGUUUGUGCAAAUGGGCUUUUCUCUGGUGUCCUGCUCACAUCCCUUGGGUAGGACAGCCGGACUGGUGCUUCCAAGCUCCUAAACUUCCAGUGCCCAAGUCCCACUAAGUUUCAGAUAGAGUUGAACACCUGACUCCUUUCAGUCCUUGGAAAGCUUUAGGCCCUGAGUGACUACGUCACUGAUGGGGAUGUGAAAACACACAUUGGCUCUUCAGUUUAUCAUCAGGUCCUGAUGUUUGGUGAGUGCUGAGUCUUCUCCAGGUCAGUUUUUUGGUUCUGGAUGGAGCCCUUGGACAAUUCAACCUAUUUAAAAGUCAGGCCAGUCAGUAGGCAGGAGUUAAUGCAGAUUUUCCAGUAGUGCUUGUAGGCCUGGGGCUUUGAAAGCCCGAGCCAAGGUGAUUCAAGUUGCUUCCUCCUUGGCUGAUUGGGCUGUUUUGGGGAUAUGGCAAAAGGCAGCAGGGCUCAGUUCACAGCCGGGAACCAGCACAGCAAAACCUAGCGUCCUUAUCCCCAGUAGUGAAUGGCAGCGGAGGAGAGGAGGGCAGUGGGACAGGCCAGACACGGAGAGCACACCACUGCCCCUUUGAGGUUUUCACGGGAAUAUGUUAGUUUGUAUAAACUUUUUUACUUUUUCUUGAAUGAGGGUAGAGAUUACCUAGUACACAUAAACUGUGAUGUUGUAACUAUAUGUAAAUGUAAAAUGCAGCUGCCUAUUUCCAUAUUUGUAUAAAGUUCCAUUGUUGUAUAAAAACAGAAUUUAAGAAAA